CUUUACAUCAGCUGAUAUUCAUAAUUUGUUAAUAAUGAUUCAGAAUAUUAAGCAUCAUUAAACUAUGUCAAUAAAGUUUCCACAUAAACUUAAGCAUAAAUCCCCCCACCCAUGGGAAACAACUAUCAAGGGGGCGUAUGCAGACAAAAUAAAGCGUGCCCAUAAUUCUAUUCACAAUGUGGAGUACCCCAAGGCAAAACUAAAACUACCGGACCCUGAACGCGUAAAAUUCACUAUAAUUGGCGAUCGAGUUACAAAAGAAUUUAAUUCUUGCAUUCAACUCGCGAAAGGAUUACACAAAUAUAGAUGGAAAACGUUUGACACUCCAGUUAUAAGAGCUGUUACAACCCCGGAAUGGCAGAUGGUUCUAAAACAAUUGAAACUGGAAUAUGGCGGAUUGUCGUAUUGUUUGGACGGAUCGGUUGCAGUUUUAGUUAACGAUAAGUUUUUGGGAGGAGAGAAGGAAUUGAAAGAGCUGAUCUCUUCUAAAUAUAAUUACCAUAUUGUCCUCGAUGGAUACAAGGAGGGUGUUGCACAGUUUGUCAGUUAUGUCCGCGCUAGUGGUAGACCGUGUGCCUAUAUGCACAUAGCGAUAGAUGGUGAACACGUUGGUACCAUGAUUUUAAUGCUUUAUUCUGAUAUCGUUCCAAAAACUUGUGAGAAUUUCUUGCGACUUUGUCAAAGUAAAAGGGGUGGGUACUCGGGCACUCCCGUCCACCGGAUCGUCAGUGGCGGCUGGAUACAGUGCGGCGGUUUCGGCCUCAAGAACACGGAUUUGGACUGCGAAAACUUUGUUGUACCGCACGAUAGGAGGGGUGUUCUAUGUAUGGCCAAUGAUGGAAGACACAUUGACUGUUCCACGCAGUUUUUUAUUUUACUCCAACCAGCACCAUGGAUGGCCCAAAAUUAUGUUGCUUUCGGCCAACUUAUAGAUGGUGAAUCGACUCUGAAGAAAAUUGAAUCAGUGCCCACGUGGUACGAGUCCCCGCUGGUUGACAUAACCAUUCACAAUAGUGGGAUACUAAACUUGGAGAGUGAGUGCAUAACUAUUAACAAGGGGACAAAUGAGUAUAUUGAUAAGCAUAUUGAAGAUUUGGUGGAGCUGCGAAAAUUAUUACACGAUUUCUUGCUGGAGAGAGUGUUUUUGGAAAUUGAAUUUAGGCUGGUUGCAGCGGCUGAUCAAAUGAGUGAAGCAACCGUUAUUGAGGAAGGCGAUACGAACAUAAGGGCAACAAAAAGGUUCAUAAGAAAUAAGGAGGACAUUGAGAAGCAACUACAAUUGGGUCAAAGUGAAAGCCGACGCUUGUCAUCUCCUGCGGACUACGAAAAUAAUGAAUUUGACGUAGAAGAUUAUGAGUACGAAUCUGAAGAAACGCCAUACCAGCACGUUUCUCUGAGCGAUUACGAGAGGGAAGAAGAUUUAACUGAAAAACUGUUUUAUUUACCGCAAACAGAUGUGCCGUAUCCUGGAGAAAUAGACUCCACAUACGACUUGAAAAAGUUUUUAAAAGGCGAUUAUUGUCUAGAGAGUGAUUUACAAGAACCGCAGAAAAAUAAAAUUAUAUGCAAGGAAAUUUCUUAUGUGUCGGAAAUUUACAAGUUUGACGAUAUUUCCGAUGAUAUGUCAUUAAAAUCACUGGAGUCGGAGGAAGAGAGAGAAAUAGGAGAAUAUCUCAAAAAGAACGUUGAUCGUGUGAGCUUUGCCGGAGGAAUUAUCAAGGGAAUAGCAAGAGGUGUUGGAAAAUUCAAUAUCUUUGAAGGGACACGAAAAUCGGAAUUAAUCACAGACGAGCAACUGAGGCAGUUCAGACUGGCAUCGUUUGGACAACAGUCGCAAGAACCGCACAAUAAAAAAGUCUCGUUGAGCCUACCGUGUGGCAGAAGACAACCGAGUAAAAUAAAACGCCGGCAAACAGGUUUUGUACACAUUGAGGAACUGGAAAAAAUACACGUCAUCGAUACAGAUAGUGUAGAUGCUGAAGAAUCACCGACUGGGAGCCGAAAAGUCCGGAUAGCACCAUCGGCGAUAUCAAGACAAACCGGUACGCGAACCUCUCGAAGACCGACAGGGUUUGUCACAGGAAAGCCCGGAGACGAAGCUGACGGAAAAAGACAGUCGGUGCUCACUCGGCUAUACGAAAAUGUAGCUUUCGACGAUGAAGUCAGGCCUACUUUAAAAGAUUUCCAGUCGUUAGGUGAAAGUACUCAUAAGAAUCUUCUUCUUACAUACUCGCCCAAUUCUCGCUUAAAGAGCGAUGAGAGUACACGGGACAGGUAUGUGCGUACAUCGUUCGCAGCCGACGACCGUUCAUAUGAAGAGAUGAUGAACAUCCAGCACGGCAAGAUGAUCGCGCGGAAGGUGUCUUCAGACUACGUGAAGACCAUCGAUCAGAUGGAGCACACCAAGGUGGAGACCUCCAUCCGGAGCGUGGAGUACGCAAAGUCCCGACCCUCCCUGAGCAUACAGGAGUAUCAGGCCAGGAAUAACAAACACAACGAAGAGCUCAAGAGUCAUUCAAAAAUUAGUGAAGGAAAAGCUUCUUCCUCUACUCGCGGUAUCCGCCUGCCAGGAGACACGCCAGUAUAUUCAAUGACAGAUGUAGUUACAGAGGUGCGAGAAGACAAGUAAAAAAACAACAAACAAUUUCACCUUUUUAUUUGUAAUUAUUUACAAUUAUACAUGAAUAAAUUUUUGAUUGAUACCUAAA